AACAACACUGGUGCCUGCCUGCCUGCCCAACAAAAAUCAACAUCGAAACAAAACGAAUCGUGUGAAAGCGCAAACUGCAAUCGCAACACUGCUAACACAAUAUCAUCUCCAAGAACACCAAGUACCAGACCAACGAAGACACACGCCAAACUCAGCCAAAGCCACAAAUGUACUGGUGCGCUGUCACGCUGCUCCUGCUCAUCUUAACGACGAAAUCAGACCAAGUCAAUGUCGACUGCAACGAACUGCAGAUGAUGGGCCAGUUCAUGUGUCCCGAUCCUGCCAAGAAUCACAUCGAUCCCAAGACUCAGCAACUGCGCGGCUGUACCAAGGAAAGCCGAGCACGGGUGUGGUGCAUUGCCGCCGACGAAAUCAACUGCACGGAAACGGGCAACGCGACCUUCACGCGGGAGGUGCCCUGCAAGUGGACGAAUGGCUACCAUUUGGACACCACACUACUGCUGUCAGUGUUCCUCGGGAUGUUCGGCGUGGACCGCUUCUACCUGGGAUACCCGGGUAUCGGCCUGCUCAAGUUCUGUACGCUGGGCGGUAUGUUCCUGGGCCAGCUGAUCGACAUCGUCCUCAUCGCCCUGCAGGUGGUGGGGCCCGCCGACGGAUCCGCCUACGUCAUACCCUACUAUGGGGCAGGCAUCCACAUAGUGCGGAGCGACAACACGACGUACCGACUGCCGCGCGACGACUGGUGAUGGUUAAGAAAGCACAACGUUUGGUGUACAGUAGAUCACGUUAAGUCAUUGUUAUAUCUUAAAUUCGGCUUAUGACACUAAGCAACGACUGCUAAACUCAGAUUAGUGCAUUACGAUACGACAUACCCCCUAGUGAUAAGUGUAAAGAUUGUUGCCACUCUCCCAACCCAGCGCCCCGUUUCCCUUUCGUAGCCUAAGUUGCAUUAUUUAGUCUUAGUUACCUCUGUACAUGGAUAUACUAUACAUCAUAUACAUAUACAACUCUAGACGUUUGUAAUUGUGGUAGCCACACCACAUACUAUAGACAAAUUGUUUGCCAAUAUAAAUAACGAUUUUAAACAUUUU